CACUAAUCACUGGGCUGAUUUCGACCUAUAAAAGCAAGGGGUCCCUGUUGGCAGUCAGAUCAUCAGCUUCCUACACGUAGCCAUGGCACAUCUUAAGCUCUUGGCCCUGUUCAUCGUGUGUCUGCUGCUCCUGAAACAGGUGGAGUCCUCUCCCUUGCCCCAGCAGGGUUCAGUCCAGAGAAGACUAAAAAGGAUGACCCCCUUCUGGCGAGGUGUUUCCCUCAGGCCUAUUGGGGCAUCUUGUCGUGAUGACUCUGAAUGCAUCACAAAACUGUGCAGGAAAAGACGAUGUUCCCUCAGCAUGACCCAGGAAUGACAUAUUUACUGAAGAAAAGAGAAGAAAGCAGCUGCUUCCAACAAUGCUCCGUUCUAUGGAAUAUUGAUUAUUAGCUGCAGAACUAGUGGAAUUAUCUGCGAAGCUGUUCUACUAUUUAAUAUUUAAAGGCAGAUGCAUACCUUAACUUAGACCCUCCCUUCCCACUCCUUCGAGCAUGGACAUGUGGAUAAAGACAUUUAAACUUUUGAACUUAAGAGUCUGUAUUUUUAUAUGCAUGUAUUAUUGUUAAAAUUUGAAAAAUUAAAAAUUUUUUAUCAUUUCUUAA